CGGUGCCUUGCCUUCUGCACAGGCUGCAGCUGAUUUCCUCUAGGUCUACGUUCGCUCUCCUGUACUCGUAGGGACAUGUCGAACUGCACGGCGGAGGAAUGGUAUAUCUCUGGGAUCUCAGGACAGAGUUCGCAGGAGACGUUAUACUGCCUUACUCGAGGGCAGUCCAUUGGGUUGACCAUCACCACUGAAGCAGCCUUCCUUUCUGUUAUUGCCGUGACCGGACUUUUCUUGCUCAUCCUGAGAAAUAUCUACUUGCAAUGGAGAUCCAAGUCCAGUGGCACAAAGUGGGGCUUCUUCGAGGAGCCGACCGAUAUUUACAUGGUGUCGCUAUUCCUCUCAGAUCUGCUUCAGGCCACAGGAUAUCUUCUGGAUGUCAAGUGGAUUAACGAGGGAAAGGUGUAUACUGGUGGCUUCUGCACAGCUCAAGGUAUCAUCCAGCAAAUGGGCGAAACAGGGGUAGCGAUGGCGACUUUGGUUAUAUCGCUGCAUACCUUCAUGGGUCUUUUCUGGUCCAUCGGAAUCCAGGGACGAGCUGCUCGUCUUACGGCGCUCGCUAUCGUAACCUGCAUCUGGAUAUUCGUGAUCUUGUUCUGUGGUCUUGGAGCAGGUCUUCACAACACGACCGGAGACUUGUACGAGACUCCGACACCAUACUGGUGCUGGGUGUCCGGGAAAUUCAUGGAGGAACGUAUCGCUGGCGAAUACUUCUGGAUCUGGGCUGCUCUGUUCGUCUCUAUCAUUGUCUACGUCCCACUAUACUUCUGGAGCCAGGGUCGGCUCUCGGUAGACCCAGCACAGUGGUGGAAAUUCCGCGUUCGCAAGCCGACUAAUCCUCAAGAGCAGCAGGCUCGAAGAAGCCAAGCACUUGCUAUGCUUGCUUAUCCUAUCAGUUACUCUAUCCUCGUGCUCCCUCUCACGAUCGGGCGGUAUAUCGGGUUCGGUUUGGAGAGUGAAGGGAAAUCAGUCCCCUCAGUGGUCACUUUUAUCGUCAUAUCCCUUUUCUGCCUUUCAGGCGCCGUCAAUGUCGUCCUCAUCGUCGUCACACGUCCAGGGCUUCUGUUAUUCCGUAUACGCAGGACUCCUAAGGAUGACGAGCAUGAGAUGUCGGGCCCACACUCCUCCGUGCGCCGUGUACAUCAAGGGGUCUCCAUCGAUAAUAGUGCUCCUGCGGCAGUGCCAGGACUAGGUGCUUUAAAUGAUGAUAAUGGUUGGGAUUUGCCUCUGGACAGGCGUAGCGUUGCUUCCUCUUACUUGGCGUCUGACAGCAAGGCAGAAUUAAGAACGUAAUUAUAUACUACGAACGAUACCUGGAAACAUACUAUUAUUAACUUUUGGAGGGUACGAUAUAUACGAUAGAGAACUUAAGGGUCUUCUUUCGGUUGGAUUUUGCUAUGAUUAACAUUGCUUUACGUUGUAUGUUGACA